AUGGAUGCUUUGGGAAACCAUGUGAUGGACCAUACGAUUUCCAAACGGAACACGGCGCUGAGAUUAGUUGAGUUGGUAGGGGCGCACCACCAUCACCAUCAUCACCACCUUACCCCUCAGAGCGUGACAGGCUUCCCGGGGUUCAGCAGCCAUCCACACUCAAUGGCUCACUCGCACCCUGGGGAGAUUACUGCGAAACCCCGCCUUGGGCCGAGUCCAUUUGGGCCAGAACACAUGGGGCACUCCGCGGCCCUCAAAAUCAACCCAGCCCAUCAUUAUCCACACCACCAUCACCACCACAAUCAUCAUAUGGCAGGCCACAGUGAAGUGGUCUCCAGUCAAACGGGAGCUUUUGGCCCGGUGCAGGCGGCUCCAGUCCCCUAUUCUAUGACCCACACGGCCCAGGCGUUAUCCGCAGCCGCAGGUAGGGAUUUCCUCAUUCGGAGAGAUCUGAUAGCUCAAGACAUGCCGGUACUGACCGACCAGAGCCCCGGUUCAACCUCGCAUCACGGAAUGUUUGUCUCAACAACAGGUAGCUAUCCGGGACACUAUGGCCAUCACCCGGAUGCAGGGAGCCAUGCCCUCUUCUCCGGACUCCACCAUGAGCAGUCAUCAAGCGGAGCACCAGGUGGCCAAGCCAUGAAUGGACAAAUAAGGUUAGGAAUACCUGGCGAAAUGUACGUUAGGUCUGAUCACUUGAGUCAAGUGGCGAGCUCCAGGGCUGAUCCGUUCUCCGCCUCGACGUUACAUGGCUACGGCGGUCUGAACCAUCUGAACAUGAACCUCAGCGCCCAGCAUCACGGAGCCGGUGCAUUCUUCCGCUACAUGAGGCAGCCGAUAAAGCAAGAACUCAUCUGCAAGUGGCAUGAACCGGAACAGUCCCCGAAGAAACUCUGCUCCAAAACUUACAGCACGAUGCACGAGCUGGUAACGCAUGUGACGGUGGAACAUGUCGGUGGACCCGAGAUGGCUAACCAUGUCUGCUUCUGGGAAGAGUGUCCCAGAGAAGGAAAACCAUUUAAAGCCAAGUACAAACUUGUAAAUCAUAUCAGGGUGCACACCGGAGAGAAACCAUUUCCAUGUCCCUUCCCCGGCUGUGGAAAAGUAUUUGCCCGAUCAGAGAACCUGAAGAUCCACAAGAGGACUCACACAGGUCAGUUACUUUAUUUCCGUUUCAGACAUCGGUGAAGAAUGUAUCCUCCUCCAGCAUUGAGCGAGGUUACGAUUUGAAUGUAUGGACUGCUAUCAUUCAUGGAUUGAACCCUUAUUCCACACUAGAGCUAAAUUCACAUUUCUAUUUGAUAUUGCUUUUAAAUUAAAUGUAGUUAUUUUGAAAAUGUAUGCUGUACAUUAGCCACAGCGCAAAAGAAAGGGAAACCAAUAUUAUUUAACAUUUCAUUUAACCAAUGGUCAAAUCCCUGAAAGCAAUAUUUAUUUGAUAAAUAUAUCGAUAUGUAUUUGUUUUAUUCUUUCUAAAUGUGAUAUUUGGAUCGUGGCAUUUCAAAGAAACAAUAUUUCGGCUACCAAAACGUUGGCAUGACAUUGAGCCUGAUUAGCCUAAACACUAGGCAAGAGGGUAUGGUUGGACAAACACAUUUCCGAUGUGUUUGUUGUGAGUUGCUCCAGUGGGCAAGCACUGUACAGAGAUAGUGCUAGGGGGAUUAUGGUAGGACAUCAUCUUUCACACAGGCGUUUGAUGUUUGCCAAAACAUGCGGGCAGAAGAGAGACUGGGGCCCACACGGUCUGUCCAACUGUUGCGUUGUCUGCAACAGGGUCAUGUCUAUAUGUGAUACAGUUUAUGUCAAAUUGACGUCGAACGUUGAAAAUGUUUGCAUUUUAACUAACCCUAAACUUCUUCCUAACCUUAACCCAAUUCUCCUAAUCUGCUGCGCACAUUAUCCUAACCUGCUACGAAAAGUCAAUUUUGACAUAAAGCUGUACUCUCGAAACCCUGCUGCAGGGACAUGCAAUCAAACACAUCAGAUAGAACAUCGUUGCUUACUUUUCUGAAGUCUCAUUUACCGCCUUAUAAUGUUGUAGAAUCCUGCUGGUUUCGGAAUGCAGUUGGUAGUAAGUAGCCUUGGAGUGGAAGUAAGUUCUGAUGCUGUGUUGGACCUGUUUCUGGAGUGGAGACCCUUUAUGGUUCCGCUGCCAUGCAUAACCCCUGGAUGUGUCUUUUAAUACUUAGAUUUGUCAAGGAGACUGUUUGUAUAAAGUUUGGUAUGCUGUUGAGCCUGGAACUGAAUAGUCACGUAGAAUAUUAAUAAUACUUAUUUUAUAUAUGGCCCAGUUGGUAAAGCAUGGCACUUGCACCGCCAGGAUAGUGGGUUCGAUUCCCACUUGGGCCACCCAUACGUAAAAUGUAUGCACUUUGGAUAAAAGCGUCUGCUAAAUGGCAUUAUUGUUAUUGUUAUUAUUGUUAUUAUUGUUAUUAUUAUUAUUAUUAUUAUUAUUAUUAUUAUUAUUAUUAGUGUUAUGGUUAUGGUAAUUAUAGGAAUUAAUAAUACUAAUAUUAUUGUUAUGAUUAUGAUUAUGAUUAUUGUUAUUAUUAUUGUUAUUAUUAUUAUUAUUAUUAUUAUUAUUAUUAUUAUUAUUAUUAAUUAUUAUAUCAGUCAUGAAACAUUGCUAAGAAAACAUAACAAACAGGUUAAUACAAUAAUUUCCAUGUGUAGGCUAUAUUAUGGUUAUGAUUCAUAUGUUAUUAGUAUUAGUUUUAUACAUAUUAUUAUUAUUAUUAUUAUUAAUAGUAGUAAUAGCAGUAUUAUUUGUAUUAUUAUUUCUCUGUUAAAUAUUAAUAUGUUGUAUUUCCUUGUAUGGUUAUUAUCUUACUUGUUAUCAUUAGGUCAUAAGUGGUGGGGUGGAUUGUAGUUAUUGCAGUAGUAGUAGUAGUAGUAGUAGUAGUAGUAGUAGUAGUAGUAGUAGUAGUAUAGUGUAGUAGUAGUAGUAUAGUAGUGAGUAGUAGUAGUAGUAGUAGUAGCAGUAGUAGAGUAGUAGUAGUUAUCAGUUAGUAGUUAGUAGUAGUAGUAGUAGUAGUAGUAGUAGUAGUAGUGGUAGCAGCAGUAGCAGUAGUAGUAGUAGUAGUAGUAGUAGUAGUAGUAGUAGUAGUAGUAGUAGUAAGUGGGUAGCAGCAGUAACAUUAGCAGUAGUUAGCAGUAGUAGUAGUAGUAGUAGUAGUAGUAAGUAGUAAUAGUAGUAGAGUAGUAGUAGUAGUGUAGCAGCAAAGUAGUCUUAUAAGUUUAGUCAGUAGUAGUAGUAGUAGUAGUGUAGUAGUAGUAGUAGUAGUAGUAGUAUAGUAGUAGUAGUUAGUAGUAGUAAGUACAUAGUAGUAGGGUAGUAGUAGUAGUGUAGUAGUAGUAGUAGUAGUGUAGGUAGUAGUCAUAGUAGUUAGUAGUAAGUUAGUAGUGGUAGUAGUUAGUUAGUAGUAGUUGUAGUAGAUAAGUAUUAGUAGUAGUGUAGUAGUAGUAGUAGAUAGUAGUAGUAAUUAUUAGUAGUAGUAGUAGUAGUGUGUAGAGUGUAGUGAGUAGUAUUAGUAGUUAGUAGUAGUAGUUAGUAGUAUGUAGUAGUAAUGUAUAGUGGUAGUAGUAGUGUAGUAGUGUAGUAGAGUAUAGUUAAGUAGUGGUAAGUAGUAGUGUGUAGUAGUAGUAGUAGCAGUAGUGAGGUAAGAGUAUAUAGUGUUAGUAGUAGUAGUAGUAGUAGUAGUAGUAGGAGUAGUAUAGUAGUAGGUAGAAGUAGAUAGAGUAGUAGAAGUAGUAGUAUUAAGGUACAGUAGUAGUAGUGAGUUAGUAGUGUAGAGUAGAGUAGCUAGUAGUAGUAGUAGUGUAGAGCAGUAGUAUACAGUAUAUACAGUAGUAGUAGUAGUUAGUAGUAGUAGUAGUAAUUGCAAGUAUAGUAGUUGGUAACAGUAGUAUAUGUGUUUAGUAGUAGUAGUAGCAGAGUAGCAGUUAGUAGUAUAGUAGUAGUAGUAGUAUGUAGGUAAGUAGUAUAUGUAGUAGUAGUUAGUAGUAGUAGUAGUAGUAGUAGCAGUAAGUAUAUUAGUAUGUAGUAGUAUAGUAGAUAGUAGGUAAUAGUAGAGUAGUAGUCAGUAGUAGUAGAGUAGUUAGUAGUAGAGUAGUAGUAGCAUGAUAGUAGAUAGUAGGUAUUGUAGAUAGUAGUAGCAGUAGUAGAGUAAACAGUAGUAGUAGUGUAGUUGUAGUUGUAGUAGUAAGUAGUAGUAGUAGUAGCAGUAGUAGUGGUAGUAGUAGUAGUAGUAGUUGAGUAUAGUAGUAGUAGUAGAUAUGUAGUAUAGUAGUAGUAGUAGUAGGUAUAGUUGUAUGUAGAGCUAGCUAGUAGUAUAGUAGUAGUAGUAGUAGUAUAGUAGUAGUAGUAGUAGUUAGUAGAGUAGUAGUAGUAGUAUAGUAGUAGUAGUAGUAGAGAGUAGAAGUAGCUAGUAUAGUGUAGCAGUAGUAGUAUGUUAGUAGUAUGUGUAGUAGUAGUAGCAGUAGUAGCAGUAGUAUUACUAUUAGUAGUAGUAGUAUAGUAGUAGUAGUAGUAGUAGAGUAGUAGCAGUAUUAGUAGUAGUAGUAGUAGUAGAGUAGUAUUGUAGUUGUAGAGUAGUAGAUAGAGUAUAGUAGUAGUAGAGAUAGUAGUAGUAGUGUUAGUAGUAUAGUAGCAUUAGUAGUAGUAGUGAUAGUAUAGUAGUAUAGAGAUGUAGUAGAUUAGUAGUAGUAGUAGUAGUAGUAAAUAUAGAGUAGUAGAAGUAGUAGUAGUAGAAGUGUAGUAGUAUAGUAUAGUAUUAGUAGUAGUAGAGUAGUAGUAGUGUAGUAGCAGAGUAGAGUAGUAGUAGUAGUAGUAGUAGUAGAUAGUAGUAAUUAGUAGUAGUAGUGAAGUAGUAUAGUAUAGAGCAGUAGAUAUAGAGUAGUUAGAGAGUAGUACAUAGUAGUAGUAUAGUGGUAUGUAGUAUGUAGAGUAGCAGUAGCAUAGUAUAGUAGUAGCUAGUAGUAGUAAAGUAGUAGUAGUAGUAGGUAGUAGUAGUAGUAGUAGUAGUAGUAGUAUUAGUAGUAGUAGAGUAGUAGUAGUAGUUAGAAGUAGAAGUAGUAGUAAGUAGAAGUAGUAGUAGUGUAGUAGUAGUAGUAGUAGUAGUAAUUUAUAAAAAAUAGUAGUAAUAUGCUAUAAUACACACAAUAUGAAAUCAUGGCAAAGUUGUCAUAUUCAUACAAAUGUAUUUAUAUAAAUUCAUUCAUAUUAAUUGGAAACCCCUCUGGAAACCCCUCUUUUGUAGUAUUGCUCUGGGAAGGGUUGUAAUAUUGCUCAGGGAAGGGUUGUAAUAUUGCUCAGGGAAGGUUUUAGUAUUGCUCAGGGAAGGGUUGUAAUAUUGCUCAGGGAAGGCUUGUAAUAUUGCUCAGGGAAGGGUUGUAAUAUUGCUCAGGGAAGGGUUGUAAUAUUGCUCAGGGAAGGUUUUAGUAUGCUCAGGGAAGGGUUGUAAUAUUGCUCAGGGAAGGCUUGUAAUAUUGCUCAGGGAAGGGUUGUAAUAUUGCUCAGGGAAGGGUUGUAAUAUUGCUCAGGGAAGGCUUGUAAUAUUGCUCAGGGAAGGUUUUAGUAUUGCUCAGGGAAGGGUUGUAAUAUUGCUCAGGGAAGGGUUGUAAUAUGCUCAGGGAAGGGUUGUAAUAUUGCUCAGGGAAGGUUGUAAUAUGCUCAGGGAAGGGUUGUAAUAUGCUCAGGGAAGGUUUUAGUAUUGCUCAGGGAAGGGUUGUAAUAUUGCUCAGGGAAGGGUUGUAAUAUUGCCAGGGAAGGGUUGUAAUAUUGCUCAGGGAAGGGUUGUAAUAUUGCUCAGGGAAGGGUUGUAAUAUUGCUCAGGGAAGGGUUGUAAUAUUGCUCAGGGAAGGGUUGUAAUAUUGCUCAGGGAAGGUUGUAAUAUGGUCAGGGAAGGUGUAAUAUUGUCAGGGAAGGUUUGUAAAUUGCUCAGGGAAGGGUUGUAAUAUUGCACAGGGAAGGUUUUAGUAUUGGUAAGGAAAGGGUACGGCAGCAGCCAGCAGAUGAGGAGGAGCCAUAUAGCAGCGUAACAGGCAGGGCAGCAGAACAAGAGGAGGAGCCAUAUAGCAGCGUAACAGGCAAGGCAGCAGAACAAGAGGAGGAGCCAUAUAGCAGCGUAACAGGCAGGGCAGCAGAACAAGAGGAGGAGCCAUAUAGCAGCGUAACAGGCAGGGCAGCAGAACAAGAGGAGGAGCCAUAUAGCAGCGUAACAGGCAGGGCAGCAGAACAAGAGGAGGAGCCAUAUAGCAGCGUAACAGGCAGGGCAGCAGAACAAGGGGAGGAGCCAUAUAGCAGCGUAACAGGCAGGGCAGCAGAACAAGGGGAGGAGCCAUAUAGCAGCGUAACAGGCAGGGCAGCAGAACAAGAGGAGGAGCCAUAUAGCAGCGUAACAGGCAGGGCAGCAGAACAAGGGGAGGAGCCAUAUAGCAGCGUAACAGGCAGGGCAGCAGAACAAGAGGAGGAGCCAUAUAGCAGCGUAACAGGCAGGGCAGCAGAACAAGGGGAGGAGCCAUAUAGCAGCGUAACAGGCAGGGCAGCAGAACAAGGGGAGGAGCCAUAUAGCAGCGUAACAGGCAGGGCAGCAGAACAAGAGGAGGAGCCAUAUAGCAGCGUAACAGGCAGGGCAGCCAUAAUGACCCUCUUAUCCAUCCUGCCUACAGUUUUACCUGAUGGACACAUGUAAUGUAGCUUAGUACCGUUCUAGUUUCAUUUUACCAGAGAUAAUGACAUGAAGAGAGUCAUUUUUCCAGAACAAAUAUGACCGCCAGUCUGCUGGCUGCUGCCUAUCUAAAGGGCCAGCGAGGUUCGGCAAAAGUGCAGUUUUGACCCACAUAAAAAGCCUUCCUUAGGGCCUUGGUGAGAGAACGGCACAUAAUAUGACUCCGAUUCCUUUACGGUGAAUGAAUAAUUUGCCUCCGCUGCCUCAUUUCGUCCUCUAAAUGUAUUAUUCAUAUAAUUUGCUCACAUUACUUAAGUACAAAUCUGUUAAAUUAUUUCUGCGUGUGUUGACUCCCAAGGGCCCUGGUCCAGGGUAUCAUGUUUAAAACCUACCGGGAUCUGUGGUUAUGGCUGGGUUUCCCCUGGGAUGUGUUCUGAGACGUGUUCUUGUACUACGCUAAUAUCCCUGAUUUGCUCUCUCAGCCCAACAGCUGAAGGUCAAAUUGAUAUUCAACGUGCAUGUGUAAUUAGACUGGAGCAAUUAUAUAUUCUCUGUAGCUAAGCGCCUAGCUGCCUGACAACGUUGCCUUGCGUUGGAGAGAUCAGCAUAGGAUGAUUUCAGAGUAAUUAAUUCAACCAUUAUGUUUUCCAGGUUAUGCUGUCUAGGCUACACAGAGGAAUCAAGCUGUGGCUUGUUGGAGAGUAACAUUCUGUUUUUCAUUACACAGUACUAGCUUUGAUACCAUAUUUACAAUAUAAAUACAGUAUCAAAUCAGGUGCUGCUUUUAAUGACACACAGUACAAUAUUGUAAAAUUGACUUUAUUACACUGUAAAAAAAAAAAAAAAAAAAAAGUGAAUGCUUCUGUAAUCUGAAUGAAUGAAUGACUAAAAUGUAUUGAGGGGAGGGGUUUGUAUUUCACAGUAUUGUACUGUAAUUACAAGGGAUUGGUGCAAGCAGGUUGGCUGCUAGGCAAAGUGUUCACACAUUACAUUAUAUUAAUGAACAUAUGGUGUUUUAUAUCACUUUCACUUCUAGAGGCCUUAACAAAGGCUUCCAAACUGGCAGUGACCACAGAGCAACACAGACCAAGAAGACAUAACAUGACAGACCAGGAGGACAUGGCAACGUGCUCACUCAUUUCAGUUUUAAGAAUUGCUGCCACUCCAAUCUGUCCCCUAUACAUUUUAAACGUCAUGGGGCACUAUAACCCCACUAUAAACUGAUACAACAUUCUCAGUCACGUGUGCAACAAAUGUAGCGUCUUACAAGGCACGGCUGAAUACCGUGCACUCACUAGUGGUGAAAAGUUUUUUGGCGCUCCAAGGAUAGGGUGUGGUACUUUUUUUCUGUGCGGUGGAAUUACAGUAGGCCUACCAUUCGAAAUACAGCAAUUUUCCCACAAUCCACCACUAUUUACAGUAUGCUGCAGUAACACUUUUUUUUUUUUACUGUUGCUAAUACCAAAAAGUACAUUAUAAAUUACAAUUUUCCAUUACAGUGCAAUAUAAACAAGGAAAUGUAAAGUAUGGUAAUAACUAUUGAUAUAGGCCAGGUUAUUUCUUUGACAUACUCAAGAAAAACAUAUCCAAGCCAUUCAAAUCCUGCAAAUGAUCAUCAAUAAUCUUCUUCUUCUUCUUCUUCUUCUUCUUCUUCUUCAAUGUAAGACUUUGAACUACUGCAUACAACAGCAUUAUGCAUUGGGCUGUCCUAAAGGAACUCAGCUGGUUCAUUGGGCUGUCCUAAAGGAACUCAGCUGGUUCAUUGGGCUGUCCUAAAAUAACUCAGAUGGUUCAUUGGGCUGUCCUAAAAUAACUCAGCUGGUUCAUUGGGCUGUCCUAAAAUAACUCAGCUGGUUCGUUGGGCUGUCCUAAAGGAACUCAGCUGGUUUAUUGGGCUGUCCUAAAAUAACUCAGCUGGUUCAUUGGGCUGUCCUAAAAUAACUCAGCUGGUUUAUUGGGCUGUCCUAAAAUAACUCAGCUGGUUCAUCGGGCUGUCCUAAAAUAACUCAGCUGGUUCAUUGGGCUAUCCUAAAAUAACUCAGCUGGUUCAUUGGGCUGUCCUAAAGGAACUCCGCUGGUUUAAUGGGCUGUCCUAAAAUAACUCAGCUGGUUCAUUGGGCUGUCCUAAAAUAACUCAGCUGGUUCAUUGGGCUGUCCUAAAGGAACUCCGCUGGUUUAAUGGGCUGUCCUAAAAUAACUCAGCUGGUUCAUUGGGCUGUCCUAAAAUAACUCAGCUGGUUCAUUGGGCUGUCCUAAAAUAACUCAGCUGGUUCAUUGGGCUGUCCUAAAGGAACUCAGCUGGUUCAUUGGGCUGUCCUAAAAUAACUCAGCUGGUUCGUUGGGCUGUCCUAAAGGAACUCAGCUGGUUCAUUGGGCUGUCCUAAAAUAACUCAGCUGGUUCAUUGGGCUGUCCUAAAAUAACUCCGCUGGUUUAUUGGGCUGUCCUAAAAUAACUCAGCUGGUUCAUUGGGCUGUCCUAAAAUAACUCAGCUGGUUCAUUGGGCUGUCCUAAAGGAACUCAGCUGGUUCAUUGGGCUGUCCUAAAGGAACUCAGCUGGUUCAUUGAGUCAAGUGCAAUAUGCAAUCCACUAUAGGCCAAUAUGGUUUUAUUUGCCAUAAAUCACCUCACAUAUGUCCAUGCUUCACCACCAAAAAUAAAGUAGCGGUUCAGGUUUAUGCCUUUGGGUUUUCUGAAUCCAACACCUAACUUAUGUUCCCUUAUUUCAGGUGAGAAACCCUUCAAAUGUGAGUUUGACGGCUGUGACCGACGUUUCGCCAACAGCAGUGACCGGAAGAAGCACUCCCACGUGCACACCAGCGAUAAGCCCUACAACUGCAAAGUGAGAGGCUGUGACAAAUCCUACACACACCCCAGCUCGCUCCGAAAACACAUGAAAGUGCACUGCAAGUCUCCACCACCGAGCUCUGGCUACGAGUCAUCAACCCCGUCAUUGGUGUCCCCAUCAUCGGACUUAGGCCGAGAGCCAGGGGCCUCGUCGCUCUCGGAACCAGCAGCCUCGUCCCAGCCCGCCAAUUUAAGAGAGUGGUACGUCUGUCAUAGUUCGGGUGCCAGCGGCACUCAGACACCCCCCAGCGGCUCCUCCAGCCCUGAUCCGGGGGAUGAGACGCACUACAGGCACCCAGAGCCAAGGGACGCGUUCUAA